AUACUCAAAAAUCAAAUGCUUAACAUGAAUGGGGAACUGUUGGAGUCUUCCUUCACCUUCUGCCGCUCCCCCAAACUCCAACACAGGGAGCAAUAAAGAACUGGAGAACCAGAGCCAGUCGUUUGGGGGAAGUAGCAGUAAUAACUACACAACCACAAGCAGCAACAUUACAAAUUACACAACCAGAUUUAAUAGUAGCACUUCUCUUUGGGACUCUGAGAAUAGCAAUAGCAAUAGCAAUAAGAAUUGGCAAAGCAGUGGAGUAAGAAGAGAUGGGGAGGGGCAGAUAUUGGAUGCAUCCAAUUUGAGGGUAUUUACUUUGGCAGAACUUAAGGCAGCCACUCAAAAUUUCAGAGCUGACACUGUCAUAGGAGAGGGAGGUUUUGGCAGAGUAUACAAAGGUUUGAUUAAGGAGAGAAAUAAACGUGACCGAUUCACUGUUGCUGUCAAGAAAUUGAAUCCUCACAGUUUGCAAGGAGUUGAGCAAUGGCAGACAGAGGUGAAUUUUUUAGGAAGGCUUUCUCAUCCGAACCUUAUAAAGUUGUUUGGGUUCGGGAGAGAUGAUGGUGAACUAUUCCUGGUGUAUGAAUUUAUGCAACGAGGUAGCUUGGAUAACCACCUAUUUGGAAGAGGUGCAAAUGUUAGGCCACUUUCGUGGGACACAAGGCUAAAGGUUACGAUUGGAGCGGCGAGGGCACUAGCUUUCCUACACUCACAAGAGAAGAAAAUUAUAUGCAGAGAUUUCAAGGCUUCAAAUAUACUACUUGACAAGACAUAUGCAGUCAAGUUAUCAGACUUUGGCUUAGCCAAAUAUGGUCCUACUGCUGAUCAUAGUCAUGUAAGUACACAGGUUAUUGGAACACAAGGCCAUGCAGCUCCAGAGUACAUUGCCACAGGUCACUUGUAUGUUAAAUCUGAUGUGUACGGAUUUGGGAUUCUUUUGAUGGAAAUUUUGACUGGCAAGCGGAUAAUGGAUAUACGUAAACACUUCUGUCAGGAAAAGCCCUUAAUUGAUUGGCUCAAAUUGAAUCUAUUAAACAGAGUGAAAAUGAGAAGCACUAUGGAUGCAAAGUUAGAAGGGAGGUAUCCAUCCAAUUUAGCUUUACAAUUAGCUCAACUCACUCUCAAAUGCAUCCAAGAUGACCCCAAAGUGAGGCCAUCAAUGAAAGAAGUUGUUGAAACAUUGGAAAAGAUUGAAGCCGCUAAUGAGAAACCAGCUGAUAAAAAAAACCGUGCCAUUCUUUCCAGGGUAGUUCAACAACAAGAUCUACCAGAUGGAGGUUAAUUACACCCAUUUGGCAGCUAAUUGGUUGUUUGAGCUUGUACAAUGUAUGUGUGCCUACAGGACUUGUAAAACAUGUUUGGAUUAGGAAUAAAAAUAUGAUUAGUGUCAGUCCACCUAUGCCUGAGCGUAUGACAUAGCUUUUAUGUACUGCUCCCCCAAACUAAGGCUAGUUUGGAAUGGUGGUAUAAAAUCAAAAAGGAUAGAAUUGAUAAAAUUAGCAAAAUUUACUCUUGAUUGGAUACUUAAAAAUAUUAGUUAUAAUCUUUAACAUUUUUUUAGUACAUUCUUUAUUUUUUGUUGAAAUUUAUUGAAAAUAAUAAAGUUAC